UGUUUUUGACGUCAUAACCUGUGAUAGUUACUCACGAAGUUAUAAGUGUUACCAGUAUUUAAUUGGAUUUCUGUGUCGUGCUCUCCGUUUUAUACUUGUUUAUUGAUUUAUAUAUCGCACAGGAAAGACAAAAAACAACACAAAAUGGAUGAUAUGAUGUUUCAGUUGAAGUUUACUACCAAGCAACUCGAGAGGUUGGCUAAGAAGGCUGAGAAAGAUCAGAAAAUCCAACAGAAUAAAGUCAAAAAGGCCCUGCAGCAGAAGAAUGUAGAGGGUGCUAAGAUCUACGCAGAGAACGCCAUCAGGAAGAAGAACGAGGGACUCAACUAUCUGCGCUUUGCUGCUCGUGUCGAUGCUGUGGCAGCCCGGGUGCAGACGGCUCUCACAAUGAAAGAGGUGACUAAGAACAUUGCAGGCGUGUCCAAGGCCCUGGAUAAAGCCAUGCAGUCGAUGGACUUGUCCAAGGUGGAGCAGAUUAUGGAGAAGUUCGAAAAGCAGUUUGAGGAUUUGGAUGUCAGAAGCGCGACUCUGGAGAACUCGAUGGGCAAUGCGAUGACCUUGUCAACUCCCGAGGACCAGGUCACAUCUCUCAUCCAGCAGGUGGCCGAGGAAAACGGUCUCGAGAUGGUCGACCAGCUGAAGGACCUCAACCCAACCACAGCUUCCGUCAAGUCCGGGGCCUCUGUGGAACAGAGCAAAGAGGACGAUCUCUCACGAAGGUUGCAGGCACUGCGGAACUGAUCGUGUUACUCUACUGUGUAUAUAUAGAAGUCCAUGUUUUGUCCUCGUCUUCUCAGCAAUGUCACCAUCAUAACUGCAAUGUGGUUUAUCUCGUCAACAAUCAACUUCUCAUGGCAGUUUUCUUUAGCAGAGCUGUGUCUAGAUUACUUGAUAGGGAAUCUUGCAUGAUUCAAAUAUCAUUAAUGUCUUUCCCAGUGCAUACUUUCAUGUUUGGGGUAAACUUGUAAAAACGUGAAGUGUAUAUCCACUAUAUAUUUGAAAUGAUGAAUAUUUGUUGUGUUGAAGAUAGUAUAUACAUGGUAUAUGUAUUAUAUUUUUUGUUUAAUUUCCAACUUUUAUGUAUAAAGAGUAUGUUGUUUAUGAUGUUACUAUUAAAGCCUUUCACUGACAAAUGGCUAGAUGACCUCUCUGUGCCUGGUACACAUUGUUUUCGGAGAAAUAUUUCAUGUUUUAAACUAUGCUGAAGAAAUGAACUUUCUUUUUGAAAUUAUGCACAUAUUAGACAGUUUUAUUGCUAAUCAUUGAAUAUUUGCAGUAUUUUCCUUUGUAUUGUGAUACUGUCACUUAAUGACAAUAAAUGGUCCCUAGUUUGGAGUAGGGGCAGUUAUCUCCCUUUUACCGUGCAUUUCAUCCAUGAAUAUUUAUCAAGUUACUUUUACUGUGAACGCAAUCAUGUUUGAACAUUAUUCUUGUUGCCAUUGCUUACACAUUUUCUUUGGAGUUUUUUCUUUAUAUUUUCAGUCAAUAUAUAAGUGAAAUCUCAAGAUGUCAAGUUCUGUGUUACUUCAGUGUAGUAAAAUUAAUUUUCAUUAUUAUGCCUAGCGUUUUCCUCAGUUCUGUGGGGAGUUGAUCAUACAUGUUCCUCUCUGCAAACAUCAGUACACCAACACAUGGUUCAAGGCACUUUUAGGGGACAGAUUUAUGAUGUUUGUUAGUUUAUACCAGUAGAAAUAACAAUGUCAUGGUUUGGCAAAAAUAUUCUCUUGUGCUGCCUUUGUAUAUGGAUGUUAAAACCCCAUGCCUAACUGUAGGAUUUACUCGUUUUGUGCACCAUAUCUGAUAAU